UUUCGAAACGAACUUAUUUCUUGCAGCUAUAAUAUUCAUUUUGCUGCUAUCUGCACGAGUGAGUCUGAACUGAUUUUAUACUCUCUACACUACAAUGCUGAAGUCACUAAUUUUGACAGCCGUUGUCGGAUGUGUUUUGGCAGUUUUCUUCAGUCCAGCUCAUGGAGCAGAUCCAAGCAGCAAGAAUGCGACGUCCCAUGGCUACAAUCAUAGCCAUAAUCAUAGCCACCCCCAGGGUCCAAAGCCCAGCAAAGCUUUCAAAGGCAAAUUCCAUUUGAACAACAACACCAUCAUGCAUAUCCACCGCGAUGAAAACGGACAAUGGUUUACUGGGGUGGAAAAGCCGAGCAACGCAACAACCGACAAAAAAACCAAAAGUGUUCUGAACCGUUCCCAUCAUAGUAGUGGUGGCUUCGUACAAAUGCAGCCUCAAAACAACUUUGCCUCCAUGAUGCCUUUGUUGAUGUCGAUGAUGGGCAAUGGUGGCGGCGCGGGACGUCAAGAUGCUGGAGGUUCAGGAAACAACAACGCCAUGCUUGCCGCGAUGAUAUCUGCCAUGGGCCAGAGCCAGCCGACACAACAAAUUGUUAGCUCGGGCCGAGGCGGAAGUGGUUCCUAAAUACAUUAGAUGUAUACAGAAAUUUCGUUUUCGAAGACGACCAGCAGAAUCUAGUAUGUCAAUGCUUCCGCGACAGUGCUUACAAAUGAAUGGAUUAUCUACUUAAUUGUAAAUUUGUCAGGCAAUGUUAGGAAGUCUGCGAGAUUACUCUUUAUCAUUAGUUCUGUGCGCGAGUCUAUGUAAGCUAAGAUAUUAAAAAUGCCUGGCUUGAAUAGUUUAUUUCAAAUCUAAACCCCUGCAACUAGAUGUUUGAUUUUUUUCAAAAUAUACACAGCAACGCCAGUAAUAAAAGUACUGCACCUA